AUGUUUUCUUUAGUGGAUCGGAACGAUCUCAAGAUAAUCGAGGGUCCCUUGAGGCCUCCAUUUCUUGAAAUACCGAAGGCCAGCUUGAUAGAAGGGCUUCCAGAUGGCUUACUAGCGGUGAUCGCCCCAGUCGUGGCGUACUGGGUGUACUCAACUUUGUACCACAUAAUCGACGUCUACGAGCUUGCCGAGAGGUACCGCAUUCACCCAUCAGAAGAGAUGCUUAGGAAGAAUACUGUUUCUCUUUCCGUUGUGAUUCGGGACGUCAUUUUGCAACAUAUCAUCCAGACCAUCGCGGCCCUAAUUUUCUACCAGUUUGAUCCCAAACCGACCACCGGCUACGAAAACCACACUCUCUGGGGAUGGAGACAUGCGGUCCCGGAUGCUAUUCCAACAUGGGCGCUUUAUGUGACAUAUUGGUAUGGCCUUUCACUUCUCAAGAUUUCAAUAGCAUUUUUCAUCAUUGAUAGCUGGCAAUAUAUGCUCCAUCGCGCCAUGCAUCUUAACAAAUGGUUGUACAGACGCUUCCAUUCUCGCCACCACAAACUCUACGUUCCCUAUGCAUUUGGUGCUCUUUUCAAUGAUCCCGUUGAGGGUUUUCUGCUUGAUACGGUAGGCACUGGGAUUGCCAGUUUGGUGACCGGACUAAGUGCCCGCGAGCAGAUCUUCCUUUACACCUUUUCCACGUUGAAAACCGUCGACGAUCAUUGCGGAUAUGCGUUCCCAUUCGAUCCGUUCCAGAUUGUGUUCCCGAACAACUCGAUUUACCAUGAUAUCCACCACCAGCAUUUCGGAGUGAAGUAUAAUUUCUCGCAGCCCUUCUUCACCAUCUGGGACAAGCUGUUUGACACUACAUACCACGGCGUUGAUGAGUACUCAGAUAAGCAAAAGAAAAUCACGUUGGAGAAGUACAAAAUAUUUUUAGAGGAGCGCAGAAAGAAGAAUGAAAAGAGAAAACAGGAGGAGCAAAACAAGUUGAAGCGCAAAGAAGAGAAACAGGAGUAA